AUGUUGUUAUUUGUGUUGCUGUUGUUCCCUGGCUCGUCUGCCACGACAAAGACAGUGUAUAAAGUGGGGGUGCUGAUGGCGUCUCGCCUGGAUUCCCCUUUCGACCUGGAGCGCUGCGGGCCGGCUGUGGACCUGGCUUUGGAUAAGGUCAAUGAGAAGUUCCUGGCGCACCAUGGGGUUGAGCUGCAGAAAGUGCAAGGCAGCUACCCGUCCUGCUCUGGCGCACUAGCCCCCGGGAUAGCAGCGGACAUGCACUUCAACGACCACGUCAUCGCAUUCAUCGGACCGGCGUGUGCGUUCGCUCUAGAGCCAGUGGCGAGACUCGCGGCAUAUUGGAACACCCCUAUCAUUACAGGGAUGGGGGACCAGCCACCUUCUGAGGGCGAGCUGGCGGCGCCGGUCGGGGUGCUGAGCCGCAUGCAUCGUCUGAGGAACCUGAAGACGGGAACCAAGCCUCAAACCCUAUUCAACGACAAGGGCAAAUAUCCAACCCUUACCCGGAUGUCAUACUGCCAGUGCCGCCUGCCUCGCGUCUUCACCAGCGUGUUCGACCGCUUCGGCUGGACGCACGUUGCAUUGCUGCUGGACAAGUCUGAUCUGUUUUCACUUACCGUGGGAAAGAGCCUGGAGUGGGGUCUUCGGAAAGAGGGCGUGCUGAAGGCGGUACGGGAGCUGGACGGCAACGAGCAAGAGCGCCAGCGGGAGCUCUGCGAAGCCCUGCUGCGAGAUGUCAGCAUGUACGCAAGAGUGGUGAUCCUGAGCGUGCGCGGGCCGCUGGUGCGCGAGUUCCUGCUCGCAGCGCAUGCGCUGGGCAUGACACGGGGCGACUGGGCCUUCCUUGACGUGGAGAUAUUCCAGGGAGGCUACUGGGACGAAACGGGCUGGGCAGCCGGAGACGACCGUGACGCCGCCGCGCGCGCCGCCUACGAAGCAUUACUACGAGUGUCGCUCAAGUUACCGACGGGCGACCGCUUCGACGAGUUCGCGGAUGCCGUGAGAGCGAGGGCCAAAAUGCACUAUAACUACACUUUCUCGGAUGGGGAGGAGGUAAACUUCUUCAUUGGAGCGUUCUACGACGGAGUGUACCUUCUUGGCAUGGCGCUGAACGAGACCUUGACUGAGGGCGGAGAUAUCCGGGACGGCCAGAACAUCACCAACCGGAUGUGGGGCCGGGACUUUCUUGGUAUAACGGGUCACGUGCGAAUCGACGCGGUGGGAGACCGCGAUGCUGACUACGCUAUCUUAGAUUUGGAUCCUGUCACUGGAAAAUUUGAGGUGGUGGCGUUCUACUACGGCCUGAACAGCAGCUACAAGCCAGUGGCGGGCAAAGCCAUUCACUGGCCAGGUGGGCGCCGGGCUGCGCCGGCGGACACGCCACGCUGUGGGUUCUUAGGGACUGACCCGAUGUGUCAAGGAGAGACACAAACAGUGAUCAUUUACUGUUUCGUCGGACUCGCCGUGUUCUUGAUACUGGCAGUCACUGCUGCCUGCGUUGCCUACAAACAGGCCCGUAUCGACGCUGAGCUGAACAACAUGGCGUGGCGUGUCCGACCCGAGGAGGUACUUGUCGAAGUGGGCACCGGCUUGGGCACCAGCCCAGCGCUGCACAGCGUCAAUGAGGUGCUCAAGCUUUCCUUAGGCUGGAGUACCCGCGGAGCAGUAGGAACGCCUGCCUUCACUCUAUCUGAGUUUACCGUGGGUCUGUACAAGGGUAACAGAGUCGCCGUCAAGAAGAUCCACAGGAAGAAGCUAGACCUCAACAAGAAGCUUAUGUGGGAGAUUAGACAGGCAAGGAACGUGUCGCACGAGAACACGGCUCGCUUCAUCGGCGCGUGCGUCGACUGUCCGCUCGUGUUCGUACUGACGGAGUACUGCCCGAAGGGAUCCCUGAAGGACGUCCUCUCCAACGAAGAAAUCCAGCUAGACUGGAACUUUAGGACCUCGCUGGUUCAUGAUAUUGUUCAGGGCAUGUGCUAUCUCCACGGCGGUCUGGGCGCGCACGGCAAGCUCCGCUCCUCCAACUGCCUCAUCGAUGGCCGCUUCGUGUUGAAGAUAUCAGACUACGGCCCCAACACGCUCUGCACGCCUACUGACCUCAUCAAGGACGACACUUAUUAUUAUAAACUGCUCUGGACGGCUCCGGAGCUGGUCGCUGCAAGCGUUUACCCGGGAGCAGCAGCAUCUCUGAAGGGUGAUGUCUACAGUUUUGGGAUCAUCCUUGAGGAAAUUGUGCUUCGCGCCGGCCCAUUCCACCAUUACACCACCGCUAUGACUAACAGAGAGAUAGUCUCGCGCGUCUGCGGGCGCGAGUCACCUCCGUUCCGGCCUAUGGUGAUAGCCAACGAGGCGGGUGCGGGCCCGGGCGCAAACACCGCGUCAGAUUUGAUGGAUUUGGCUGCGAGUUGCUGGGCCGAGGCGCCCGAUGACAGGCCCACGUUUGAUUUCAUCAAUGCUAAUCAUAUCAAGGGCUACUGCGACAACUUGAUGGAUGACCUCCUGAGCCGUAUGGAGCAGUACGCUAACAACUUGGAGUCGCUCGUGGAAGAGAAGACGGAGCAGUUAUCGUUAGAGAAACGGCGAUCUGAAGAAUUGCUGUACCAAGUAUUACCAAGGCCAGUAGCUCAACAACUGAUGGCCGGCGAGGUGGUACAGCCGGAGAGCUUCGAAUGCGUAACGGUCUACUUCAGCGAUAUAGUUGGCUUCACCGAGCUGUGCGCCGCCUCCACACCCAUGCAGGUGGUAGAUCUGCUCAACGACCUGUACAGCACUUUCGACAGGAUUAUAGGCUUUUAUGAUGUUUAUAAGGUGGAGACGAUAGGCGACGCGUACAUGGUGGUGUCCGGUCUGCCAGAGCGCAAUGGCGAUCAACACGCCCGGGAAAUUUGUUUGAUGGCGCUUGCAAUAGUCGAGGCUGUCCGUGGGUUCGUUGUUCGACACCGGCCUGCUCAUCGACUAGAGGUUCGAGUAGGCGUUCACUCUGGGCCUGUGUGCGCGGGAGUGGUGGGGGUGAAGAUGCCCCACUACUGUCUGUUCGGGGACACUGUCAACACAGCCAGCCGGAUGGAGUCCACUGGACAACCCCUCCGCAUCCACCUAAGCGAAAGCACACGCGCGCUGCUCGACCAAUGGGGCACGUUUGUCGUCGAGCGUCGAGGCGAAGUAGAACUGAAAGGGCGAGGCCGAAUGCUAACCCAUUGGCUGCUACAUUGCUCAGAGCCUGAAGCCAGGCCGCUGGCCGCGGGGCCGCAGCCGCCGCCGCAGUACCCCAUACUGUUCCCGGCGCUGCCGCAGCCGACUAUAGCGCAGCAUAUCCCGUAUUUGGUGGUCGAUCCGCCGACGCUAGCCGCUUGAAGAGCUUGUACCGGUA